AUGGCCACGGCCGGCGUUCCCAUUUCCCCCUCGUCGUCCAAGCGCUCCCGUAGCAAGGACAGCACGCGAUCAGUCACCACCUCGUCCCUCAACACGCCCGCCGCCAACACGCCCUCUGCAAGCACCAGCAGUCUCGUCAUCAACUCGUCCGUCACAAGCACCCCACCCACAGGCCAUGCACAUGGCCACGAUGCUGUUCCGUAUCCCGCCUUCCUCACGUCGCCCAAGGACAUUCACACCAAAUGGAAUCGCUUGGAGAUGGCCCAGGUGGAGCGCCUGAGGGACAGCGCCCAGGCCGGUGCUUCGGAAGAGGCUCCCAAGUGGGCGAGGUGCUUCGGCGAGGAUUAUGCCAACCGGAAUCGCUACAUCAACGUUGACCCAUACCAAUCCAACAGAGUCCACCUUGAGGUACCAGACGGCCAUUUCGACUACAUCAAUGCCUCGCCCAUAGUGCUCGAGACGACAAAGUCUGCGACCGAGCUCAAGUACAUUGCAACACAAGGACCCAAAGCUGACAGCUGGUCGCACAUCUGGCGCAUGAUCUGGAAGGAGAACCAGUCGCCCGCAGUCAUUGUAAUGCUGACCCAGACCCACGAGGCGAACCGAGAGAAAUGCUACCCCUACUACCCGCAAUCCUUGUCCAAUCCAGAUAUGCGCAUCAACGAGCACGACGAGUUUCAAGACGGCUUCAUACACAAUCUCCACUUGGCCUCGUACACGACAGACCAAGAGGCUAGGACACAAGUAAGGGAAAUCGACAUGACAACAGAUGAUGGCAGUGAGUCGAAAAAAAUCUGGCAUCUGCUCUUUGCUGGCUGGCCUGAUUUCUCCGUGCCUGAAGGCGACGAUCGCGCUGGUAUGCUGAAGCUAGUGGAUAUAUCGCGGUCCAAGAACACGGACAAUUCGACCAACCCACGAAUCGUUCACUGCAGUGCAGGUAUCGGCCGCAGCGGAACCUUUAUUGCGCUCGAUUGGCUCAUGCAGGAGCUCCAAGAGGGCGCAUUGGACCAUGUACCUGACGACGAAGAUCCCAUAUUAAAGGUUGUCGAGAUGCUCAGAGACCAGCGAGCUGGUAUGGUUCAGUCCAAGGUUCAGUUUCUCUUCAUCUACGAUGUCCUCCGUGAGCAAUGGUGCGAACGGUGGAUCUCUCAGCAUCCGGACGAAGCAAACCGACUCGGGCUCGCCACUGCAGCAGCUCCUUCUGAAGGUGUAGAAAUUACUUCUGACAAUGAGCAACCUGCACUCAAGCGCCAGAAAUCGAUACACAAUAGCGAAGCCGCCGAGAGCCUCCAGCUCCCACUACUAGCAUCACGACCGUCGAGUUCACGGGGCGCUUCGAGUUCACCAGCGCCAGACGCACGCGCACAGUUAGAGGCUGAACUUCAGGAGGCCGACCUGGAGUACGAGAAGGGCAAGACUUAG